CAAGCAGCGGCGUCGCAGGCAUUGUCUCUAGUACCGCCAACUCAGUUGCCAGUGCCGACGGCAGCCCCGCUGGCAACAGCAGCACUACGGCAGCGGGGGACGAACAACCGCGCGCUGUGCAUAGGCUUCAUCUGUGUCACGUUGAAUGUUGGUAGCGAGACGUCAGGAUCAUCAGCGAGUGACUCCGUUCCCGCGCUGGGUGGCUCUCCAAUCCAAACUGUGCUGGCAACGGAGGCGUCGAUGUCUGCUUAGACUAGGGUAUCUGAACACUUUUCUGUAUCUGGGCUACUCUGCUCGGUAUACGUUCGAUCGCGCGACCUCGAGAAAUCUUUGCUGUUGCUCAGUGGCUAUCUCCCGGUGGAAGGAGUAUCCUCUCCUUCUCUUUCAUUGACCGGUGGUCCAUCGUGCAUGGGCAAUGACUCAGCAGCCAAGCCUUCUUUCUUUGCGCAAUCUCCGGCUUACCAGUGUGGGGUGGGGCUCACACACAUCCUUGAUGCGUAUUUGACGCACAUGCAGCCUGACGCCUGCUCCUGGCAGGUUUCACGAACGAAAAUUGAGGGCCGAUCUGAUACACGGUGAAUUGCGGCGAUACAGCGCCAUCUAUGCUCCUGUGUGCCUGACUUCCCGGCAGGUCGCAUUGCUGUGUCGCCGCAGAUGCCUCAUGGCCUCGAACGACAUCAUUUGGAGGUCUCUCUUAAUCAAAAGGUGUAUCUUCCUGUUCUGUUUAGACGUGUGCAGCCGCCGAUUAUACUUCCGCAGU